AUGCAAAGCGUUAAAGAUCAGGUUCGCCAGUCGGGAGGGGAGUUGAAGGAAGGGAUGUUAAGGGAGGGUGUAGAGAGGCUGACAGAGGUUCUGAGACAAGACUCUGAGCAGCGGAAGAGGGAGAUACAGCAGGCGGAGGAUCGGCGGCAGAAGGAGGAGGCGAAAAGGAAGGAAGCAGAGGCUGCCGAGCGGCUGAAGAAGGAGAAACAGCGGGAGGAUGAGCGUAGGCAGAAAGAGGAGGCGAGCAAAAAGGUAGCUGAACAGUCCGAGAAACGGAAGAAGGAGAAACAGCGGGAGGAGGAGCGUCGGCAGAAGGCGACGAGAGAGGGGAUGAAGGAGAUGACGGAGUUGAUGAAGGUGAUGAAGGAGAUGAAGGCGGGUUUGAAGGAGACUAAGGAUGGGAUGGUAAAGCAGGUGCUAGAGGGGUUAACAGCGGUUCUGGCAGAGGACUCCGAGCGGCAGAGGAUUGAGAGACGGAAGGAGGAAGAGGAGGAAGAGGAGAAGAGGAAGGAAGCAGAGGCCACAGAGCGGCGGAGGAAGAAGAAACAGCUGGACGCAGAGAGGCGGCAGAAGGAGGUGGAGGAGGGAAUAAAGGAUAUGAUGGAGGCUGUAAAGGAGAUGAAGUCGGGGAUGAAGGAGUUGAAGGAGGGGAUGCUAACUGAGGUGGAAAAGAGGUUGUCAGUGGUUCUGAGAGUGGACGCCGAGGAGCUGACGAGGGAGAAACAUCUGGAGGAGGAGCAGCGGCAAAAGGAGGAGGAGCAGAGUAAGAAGGCAAAGGAGGCCGACCAGCUACAGAGGGAGAAACAGCAAGAGGUGGAGCGGCUACAGAAGGAGGAGGCUGAAAGGAAUGAGGUAGAUGCGGCCGAUCGACAGCAGAGGGAGAAACAUCAGGAGAUGGAGCGCCUGCAGAAGGAGGAUGCGCAGAGGAAGGAGGCAGAGGAGGCAGACCGGCAGCAUAGGGAGAAACAACAGGAGAUGGAGCGCCUGCAGGAGGAUGCGCAGAGGAAGGAGGCAGAGGAGGCAGACAGGCAGCAUACGGAAAAAGAGCAGGAGACGGAGCGCCUGCAGAAGGAGGAUGCGCAGAGGAAGGAGGCGGAGGAGGCAGACCGGCAGCAGAGGGAGAAACAGCAGGAGAGGGAACGCCAGCAGAAGGAGGAUGCGCAGAGGAAGGAGGCAGAGGAGGCCAAGCGGCGGCAUAGGGAGGAAAAGCAGGAGAUGGAACGCCUGCAGAAGGAGGAUGCGCAGAGGAAGGAGGCAGAGGAGGCCGAGCGGCGGCAUAGGGAGGAAAAGCAGGAGAUGGAACGCCUGCAGAAGGAGGAUAAGCAGAGGAAGGAGGCGGAGGAGGCAGACCGGCAGCAGAGGGAGAAACAGUUGGAGAUGGAACGCCUGCAGAAGGAGGAUGCGCAGAGGAAGGAGGCGGAGGAGGCAGACCGGCAGCAGAGGGAGAAACAGCAGGAGAUGGAACGCCUGCAGAAGGAGGAUGCGCAGAGGAAGGAGGCAGAGGAUGCCGAGCGGGAGCAGAAGCGACGAUUGGAGGAGGAACGCGUGCGAGAGCAGCGUCGAGCAGAGAAGAGGGCCAGACUUGCAUCCCAGGCGGAAAAGCAGCGGCUUCUGGAGGCAACGGUAAAGGCUAUGGCGGAAGAGACGGAACGUUUGGCACGGGAGAUGGAGGAGGAGGAUUCUACCAUGCAGGGGGAGGGGACCGGGGAGGGAGUCGAGGAGGAAAUAACAGAGGGCCUGGGGAGGGUGCGGUUGGAAGAGAGCGGGGAGGCGAAUGUAGCAGAUGGCGUGGCUAUUGUUCUCGGACAAAACGUAGAGGUUUCCAGGAGACGGCCUAGGCAGGAGGACAGGGAGCCGGAGGGUCAUGCGUCUAAGAGACGGCAUGCAGCUGGCAUACAGGAGUUGAUACCGAUUAUUCAAGGUGAAGUUAAAGGGGUGAAGAUCGACAAGUGUGACAAUAGGAGAAACGCCCAAGUGGACGCUUUGGGUAAGACUUUGGGUGUCCAGCUGCCUUUCAGGGGAAGCGGGUUCUCCCAACGAGGCGAGGGAGCACUGAAGAAGUGGACGUCGGAGCAGACCGUCGGCGGGAGGAAGCGGAACCUCGGCUCCCACAAAACGGUGUGGGAGAGGGGAUACACGGUCGCAGUCUGCUGGAAGUUCUUCUUCCCGAAUAUUGACAUGGAGGCCUACGGAAUGAAUCCCAGCCGUUUAAACGCGUGGCGUGACGACCUCGGAUUCUCACUCGUUCAAUCCAACACGGCUGCUCAUCGGCAGCAGCAGAGGGAUGGCUUUCAGGUUGCUGUCUGCGCAGCUGUUGGACUAACUGCGUGGCAGAAGAUCGUGGGAGGCGUGGAGGGUGAAAACGGCUAUUCUACAGAAGAACACGCAGUCGGACUCGCCGCCACGUUGUCUGUACUGUGGGAUGCCUCCAAGAAUGUGGACCAGACCCAGUGGCAGACGGGCGCAUCUGCUGCUGCGCAAAAAACUUAUACGGCCAUCGCAACAUCUGCUGCCAACUCGGUCUCUGCUGCCACCGCCUCUUCUGCUGCCUCGUCAUCUUCUGCUGCAGCCGUAUCCUCUGCCGUCCUCGAUGACCUUGCGCCGCUUGCAGCCUCGGUUGCUUGCGUUGCAGUAGAUGCGAUGAGGUCGGUCGAGGAUCAGGAGCAUGACAAGGAAGCGUGGAUUCUGCCCCUGUCGGAUGCGCUGCUGAAAGCGCUUCCGGCAGAGUCGCAGACGGGCGGGGAUACGAAGCGGAUGACGAGGGUGGUGGCAAAGGUGGUGACCUCUUGGUGCCUAUGCAGCAUGGCAUCAAGAGGCCUUCGCCAUCACCAGGGCGUCAGCCUCGGAGUCCUGCAGAAGAAAUUGGGCAGCCGGGACACUACAACCGGGGCGGAUAAGGAGAAGAAGACCAAGAAGUCGGCCGCGAAGGGGAACGCGACGAAGGGGGCGUUGACGGAGGGGAACACCAGCACCGGCGGGCAGGAGUGA